AUGGAUAAUGGAUGGCUCACGGGAAAGGCUCCGGAUUUCCAAGCCCCUCCGGCUCCGGCCGUCGCCUUCCUCUCCUCCUCAUCCGUCACGGCCAUGGCCACCGCCACUCUCGCGCUCCCCAACUCCCCGACCCAUCCUCCUCCCCUCCGCGCCCUCCUCCUGAAGCAACCUUCCCUCCGCCCCAACCACCGGCGGCAUCUGUCGCCGCAUCCUCUACCGCUCCGCCUUUUCCCGCGCCGCAGGGACCGCGUCGCCCCCUGCCCAUCGACCACCGGGGAUGCAGAGGCUGCAUCCACGUCGGGUUCCUAUGACGCCCUGGAGGCUGAGAGAGCUGUGGAGGAGCUCCUGCGCGAGCACGGCGCCUCCCCAGCCGACGCCGCCUCCAUCGCCGCGCGGGCGCCGGGCUACGCCGCCAUGCUCGCCGACGGCGUCCGGGAGCUCGACGAGCUGGGGCUCUGGGAGUCGUGGAGCUCCGGGGCCGGGGUGGACCGCGAGGUGGAGGAGAUGGCCGGGCUCGGGUUCGGGAGGAAGGUGUACUACAUGGGGAAGGCGAAGAGCAGGCGCGACCGCGGCGUGGUGCCGCUGCUCGAGAGCAUCGGGGUGCGGCUCUCCUCCGCGAAGUUCAUCGCGCCGUAUGUUUCGGCGGCUGGCCUCCCGGUGCUGAUCGAUAGGAUCAAGUUUUUGAAAGGGGUUCUAUUUUCAAGCAAUGGCUAUGAAACAUUAAUAAGUAGGAAUGCUAAGCGGAUGAUGAUGCACUUAUCAAUACCUGCAGACGAGUCACUCCAAAGUACUUUAUCGUUUUUCGAAAAAAUGGAGGCCAGGUAUGGUGGUCUUAACAUGUUGGGACAUGGAGAUGUGACAUUUCCCUAUCUCAUUGAAUCAUUUCCAAUGCUGCUUCUCUGUUCAGAGGACAAUCAUCUCAAGUCAUUAAUUGAUUUUCUUCAAUACAUUGGUAUUCCCAAGGCAAGGAUUGCAUCAGUGCUGCUGUCAUUUCCUCCUGUCAUCCUUUCUGAUGUUGAGAAUGAUAUCAAGCCAAGGAUUAAUGCAUGGGAGAAGGUUGGCAUUGAACAAGAAUACAUUGGUAGGAUGCUUCUGAAGUAUCCAUGGAUUCUUUCAACAUGUGUGAUAGAAAACUAUGGGCAGAUACUACUGUUUUUCCACAGAAGAAAGAUUUCCAGUACAGUCCUUUCUGUUGCUGUGAGAAGUUGGCCUCAUAUUUUGGGUUGUUCUACUAAAAGAAUGAACUCAAUUGUGGAGCUGUUUGAUGAUCUGGGUAUCAGUAAGAAAAUGUUGGUUCCAGUUGUUACAUCAAGUCCACAGUUGUUGCUGAGAAAACCAAAUGAGUUUAUGCAGGUUGUUCUAUUUUUCAAAGAUAUGGGUCUCGAUAAGAAAACGGUGGCAAAGAUUUUGUGCCGUUCUCCAGAAAUAUUUGCUUCAAGUGUGGACAAUACACUCAAGAAGAAAAUCAACUUUCUUAUUGACUUGGGUGUUUCCACACAUCAUCUCCCUCGCAUCAUUAAGAAGUAUCCUGAGCUUUUAUUGUUGGACAUGAAUCGCACACUGCUCGCCAGAAUCAACUACCUCUUGGAUAUGGGAUUGUCUAAGAAAAAUGUGUGCUCAAUGAUCUAUAGAUUCUCUCCACUUCUGGGUUACAGUACUGAGCUCAUUAUGAAACCAAAGCUUGAAUUUCUGUUACGAACCAUGAAGAAGCCACUUAAAGCUAUUGUAGAAUAUCCAAGGUAUUUCAGUUAUUCACUGGAAGGGAAGAUAAAGCCGCGGUUUUAUGUACUUCAGAGUAGAAACAUAGACUGCAGUCUGACAGACAUGCUUGCAAAAAAUGAUGAACAUUUUGCUGAAGAGUACCUGGGAAUAGGAAAACUGCUUGAGACAGAUACAUAAUCAAGCGAAGAUGUCUAGUUUUUUGACUGGCACCAAGCGUUAACCAUGUUCCAAUGCCUUGAUUGUAUUGUGCUUCCAUCUGAGGAGAUCUACUUCUGCAGUGUUCAGCAUUGAGAAGGUCUGGGAUCCAGAUAAACAGAGAAAGUUCAAAAUAGUUGGUGGGCAACUGCAGCAGAAAGUUGAGGGGUGUUUGACACCUUUGUCUGAAUUCUGAAACCCAACCUGAAUCAUUGGAGGCCAUGGUCUUUAUCAUUCGAUAAUCAACAAAUUGGAGGCUCUCCUAUUUCCAUGGCAUCGACACUGUUCUUCGUGUGCACAAGUUAUCUUUGGACCUUCUCUACUGGAUGUCCCUUAAUGCCACCAGACAGGGUAACUAAAGAAGUUCAACCCUUACAAUUCUGCACCAGCAGGCGCGUCUGAUGAAAUUUAAGAAACCCUACCUGCAACUCUGCAAGGAUCCACUAUUUACGGCAGAGACCUGGCAUUUGAACAGUUAGUUGCCUGAAUUAUUUGAUCUUAGUUGUUGCCCCUUGAUGGAGUAGCACAAACAACACACAAGUUGCUAAUGGCAUGUGUUGCUUCCUUAUGUACACCGAAUUUGCAUUUGUGACCAUGUAUGUAUCACUCCCUUCGUAUAUUAACGAUUUAACAUCAUUAAUUUUUUUACACGUUUAAU